UGUAUGUCAAAAACGCGGUUCGGCCUGCGGCGACUGCGGACUGAAACGAAUGUGUUUUUUUAUGUUGCUCGAUCCGUGUUGGGAUAAUUGAAAACAUGGCAAAUAUCGCCCAAAUUAUUACUCGUUUUAGCUUGCCAUCGGUACAGAACCGCUUCCUGAUAGCAGCGAAGACAUGUCAACCCAUUUUGUAUUCCACGAGUGCGGGUACUUCCAAUCUCUCGGAGGAUACGUCGGUGACGGAGCCAAAGAAGGGAAAAGUUAGCAAAGCAAUGAAGGCUUACUUGGAGCGUGCCAAAGCACAUGAUGAGUUCAUGAAAGUUCAGAAUCUUGAAUUCAAACUGGGCAAGCGUCAUCUGGCCAACAUGAUGGGCGAAGAUCCAGAAACCUUCACCCAAGAUGAUAUCGAUAGAGCUAUCCAAUAUCUACUUCCUUCGGGAUUGUACGACAAAAAAGCUAGACCCAUGAUGAAGCCACCGGAGGAAGUCAUUCCUCAGCGCAAAGCUGCGGAAUUCGACGAAACCGGGAGACCGUUUCACAGUAUGUUCUACACUGGAAGGCCCAACUACUAUAAAAUGCUUUUCGACAUUGUAGGCAAUAUUAAUAAUCUGAAUGCGUUCGAGGAUCGUAUGAUUCGGAAGCAACUGCAACCAGAUCCCACACAACAAAUUGAUACUUCCGGUACAGAAUGGUUGAAAAAAGAUGUUCUCGAGAAGCUUCUGCUCGAAGACAUUUCUGAUAAAGAAUAUGAGAACUUCGUCAGUGCGAUGACGAGGCUCGUUCAGCAUCCUUACUCAUACAGAGAGUUAGCAUUUAUUGACCAGUACCGUAAACCGUUACUGGCGAAAACAGAUGCUGAUCAGAUUCCAAAGCCAAGGUUGGAUGAGAAUGGUAGAAGUUUCAUUACAAUUUACGAAUGUCUUCGGAAAUCGGCUCGAGCAGACGUGACUAUCAUAGCUCCUGGAUCCGGCAAAAUCACAAUAAAUGGUGAAGACAUCACAUACUUCAAAGACGUGCAGCCUAGAGAACAAGUACUAUUUCCUCUGAUCUUUUGCGAUAUGGUUGGCAAAGUUGACGUUGUAGCUAACGUGGAAAAUGGAGGAUACUCAGGUCAAGCGGGAGCUAUCCGUUGGGGAAUAGCGAUGGGCUUACGUAGCUUCAUCGACGUCGAAACCAUGGAUAAAAUGAGAAUGGCUGGCCUGUUGCAGCGUGACUAUCGUCGAAGGGAGCGUAAGAAGCCUGGACAGGCAGGUGCCCGUAGAAAGUACACGUGGAAGAAACGUUAAUCGGUUUUCGUAUAUUUGAACGCAAAUAUUGAACAAAAUAAGUAAAAGUAAUUCAAA